AUGAAUCGCCUCGAAACCCCAGCGUCCAGCGCAGAUCCCACGCCACCCGUCUUUGGCUUGCAGGUACAGGGGAAGAUGCCGGGACCCAACAGCAAGUUCCGCAAGCUGUCGACGUCCAACUCGUCGACCAACCAAGAUCGUGUCCUGUCGCGGACAGACACGGACCACAAGUCGAUGCGGUCACGGUCGACGGUUCGGCGGCUUGCGAUGUACAAGCAGAAGGAUAAGAUCCGCAACAAGCACGGCAAGGUGAUCGGCGGGUACCUUACGUCAAACAAGGCCGGCAAGCCGGUUCGGAUCGAGCCGUCGCGGCGGUGGUUCGGCAACACCGAUGUGGUGUCGCAGGACAAGCUGACCGAGUUCCGCGAGGCACUGGCAAACCAGGUGAACAACCCGUACGCGGUGCUGCUGAAGCAGAAGAAGAUUCCGAUGGGACUGCUCAAUGAGUCUGCAUCGUCGCCAUACGCGACAGGCAAGAAGUCGACGUCGUCGCUCGGCACGACGCCGCGGUCGCACAUUCUGGACACCGAGCCGUUUGAGGCUGUGUUUGGCCCGCGCGGGACGCGCAAGCGGCCCAAGGUCGGCGCGAUUGACAUGGCGACGCUUGCCGAGACGGUUGCCGAGGGCGUGGCGACGUACUCAGAGUCGACGGACCGCAACAUCAAGGUGGAGACCGAGUACAAGGACGUGACGCGGAGCGGGAUUUUUGCCAAGGGCCAGUCGCGGCGGAUUUGGGGCGAGCUGUACAAGGUCAUUGACUCGUCGGACGUGGUGCUGCAGGUGCUCGACGCGCGUGACCCGAUGGGCACGCGGUCUGCGCGGAUUGAGCGGCAUCUCAAGGAAGAGGCGCCGCACAAGCACAUGGUGCUUGUGCUCAACAAGUGCGAUCUGGUUCCGACGUGGGUCACGGCUCGGUGGAUCAAGGUGCUCUCGGCCGAGUACCCGACACUGGCCUUCCACGCCUCGCUCUCCAACUCGUUUGGCAAGGGCGCGCUCAUCCAGCUCCUCCGGCAGUUUGCCAAGCUGCACUCGGACAAGCCGCAGAUUUCGGUCGGCCUCAUUGGGUACCCGAACGUGGGCAAGUCGUCGAUUAUCAAUACGCUCAAGGCCAAGGUGACGUGCCCGACGGCGCCGGUGCCCGGGCAGACCAAGGUGUGGCAGUACGUGACGCUCAUGCGGCGCAUCUAUCUCAUCGACUGCCCCGGCGUGGUGUACGAGUCGGACUCGAACGACACAGAGACGGACAUUGUGCUCAAGGGUGUGGUGCGGGUGACCAACCUGACCAACCCGGAGGACCAUGUCCAGGGCGUGCUCGACCGGGUCAAGAGCGUCUACCUCCAGCGGACGUACGGCAUCCUCGAGUGGGAGUCCGCUGGCGACUUUCUGACCCAGCUCGCCCGCAAGCUCAACCGGCUCAACAAGGGCAACGAGCCCGACACGUACACCACCGCCAAGCAGGUGCUCAACGACUGGAUCCGCGGCAAGAUCCCGUACUUUGUCAAGCCGCCGUUUGAGGACAACAUUGCCGACGCCGAGGUGGUCGAGGAUUACGAGGCCGCGCUCGCCAUCGCCCGCCAGCGCCUGGAGGACCAGACUGGCACGCUUGCCGAGGACGCCGCCCGCGCCAAGCUCGAGGCUCUUAUCGAGCGCGGCCCGGCCGAGCCGGUCGUCCCCGAGCCGCCGACCUCAGCAGAGUCCGAGGGCAAGGGCGCCAUUGCCCGCGGGCCCAAGGUCGAGCCGGUCUUCCCGGAGGAGGAGGAUCCCGACGCACUGCGGUAUGACCGCGCGGCGCGCAUGCAGGCCCAGCGCCGCCAGCAGGGCCCCGAGACGCUGUUCGGCGAGGAGGCAAGCUCCGAGGCGCUGCCCACGCCCGCUCCGUCGGCCAAGGCCCGCAAGGUCGCCCUGGCCAAGAAGAAGGCCAAGAAAGCCAAGAAGAGCGCGAAAUCGGAAGCUUCGUCCGGCCCGUCGGUCGCCCAGAUGCUCUCGUCGAUGCCGCAGUCCAAGGCCCUGGCCAACCUUGACGAGGAGGACGCCAAGUCGGCUGCCGAGCGCGCCGGGGUGCCCAUCUCGGCCCGCCCGGUCGUUAACUGGGACGACGUCUUUGCCGCCGUCAUCGGUGAAGAGGUCGACACCAUCGAGCCGCCGUCCGACGAUGGUGCAGACUCGGGCUCUUCUUCGGGCUCGUCCUCGGGUUCCAGCUCGUCCUCGGGCUCGUCCUCGAGCUCUGACUCGGACGCUGCUACCAAGUUUGGCGUCAUGGCUGGCCCGUACAUUCCCAAGCGGACGCUCGAGGAGGCGCGCGCUGAGAUGAAGGCCAUCAAGGCCCGCAAGGCCGCGCGGCGUGCGGCCCAGGCCGAGGAGUCGGCCGCGGCCCGCAAGGCCAGCUCUAAGAAGAAGAGCUCGGCCAAGCGCCGGCGCAACAACCGCGACGACGACGGCACCCUGCGCAAGCGCCCCAGGACGCUCAAGGAGCCGCGGAUGACCACCAACAAGCGGAAGACUGGAAAUCACUACUAUGCCACGGCAAACGUCAAGGAUCGCAAGCAUCGGCGCUGAUAAAGUUUAUCUCCGUAGA